AUGGCCACCGACGAGUUCGUUGCACGUUCCCACAUCCUACACCGGGCAUUCUCCGAGCAGCCUGCGAAGAUAGUGGGCGGUGAUGGUAUCAGUCUUAUCUUAGACAAUGGUGAGAAAGUGAUCGAUGCUAGUUGUGGUCCAUCGGUAUCUUGUCUAGGUCACACCCAGCCUGAGGUUUUUGACGCCAUUACGAAUCACCUCAAAAAUGACAUCGCCUACGUUUAUUCCGGCUCUCCUUACACCAAUGGCGCGACAGAGGAGCUUGCUGAUAUCCUCCUCGCUGAGAAGCCCGGCGGUUUAUCCAAGGCAAUUUUUGUCAAUUCGGGUAGCGAGGCGACGGACGCAGCGCUCAAGCUAGCGAUCCAAUACUGGCACGAACGUGGCCAGCCUCAACGCACACAUUUUAUCUCUCGGAAGCAGAGCUACCAUGGUAACACUAUCGGCGCUCUAUGUGUCUCGGGCCAUGAGUCGCGAAGAGAAUUUUACAAGGAUUUCAUGUCAUCUAAUGUGUCCUUUGUGGACCCUUGCUACGCCUACCGCAUGAAGUGGGAGAUGGAAUCGAACGAGGACUUCGCGCAACGCUUAGCUCGUCAAUUUGAGGAUGAAAUCAUCCGCGUUGGCCCCGACCGCGUCGCGGGCUUCAUCGCUGAGACUGUCAGUGGAACCACUCUCGGCUGUUUGCCCGCCGUACCUGGUUAUUUCAAAGCCAUCCGGGAUAUUUGCGACAAAUAUGAAGUUUUGCUGAUCCUGGAUGAAAUCAUUUGCGGCAUGGGCAAAACCGGCACUAUGCACGCCUGGGAGCAGGAGGGUAUACGUGGUCCCGAUAUUCAGACCAUCGGUAAGGCCCUCGGUGCAGGAUUUGUCCCGCUCUCCGGUGUUUUGCUCCAUCAGAAGAUAUUCGACGCGUUGUCUGCAGGCUCUGGUGGGCUCGCGCAUGGCCACACAUUCCAGGCCCACCCCCUGGCGUGCGCUGCUGCUAUCGCAGUACAGAAAAUCAUCAAGCGGGAUAAUUUGAUCGAACGAGUGGCGGAAAUGGGCCAUAAACUCGAAGCGCUUCUCUAUGAAGAGAUCGGCCCUCUUCCACUGGUUGGUGAUAUCCGCGGCCGGGGUCUAUUCUGGGCUAUUGAGUUUGUGCUUGACAAGAACUCAAAGUCUGCUUUCUUGCCUCGGGACAACUUCUGUGGCAAGGUUGUGAAGGUCGCUCUCAGUAUGGGUUUAAAUAUUCUCGGAAAUUUGGGCCACACUGGUGAAUACCAGGUUGAUCACGUUCUGGUCUGUCCGGCCUACACUACGACAGAAGUGGAGCUCGCGAAUAUCGUUUCGCUACUUAGAUCUUCUAUUUUGGAGACGACUCGGCAAUUCGUCGUGGCGGAGCAACCUAAUGAAAUCCCCAAUUGCAAAGUCAAUGUGAAGGUUGCUGAGGUCGGGCUUGUCGAGAUAUGA